AUGCCAGGCCUUAUUGACUUCCCUCCCUUUCCGGACGAUGUGCCUACCCACCCUCUGCUCGUCGUUGACUAUCAGUUGCUGAAGGCUGGCGACCAGAACGAGAUUGACACACUCUGGAAAGCUGCCACCGAGCUCGGCUUCUGGUAUUUGAAGAACCAUGGCGUCGACGGCGACGUACAGGAGAUGUUCGAUAUGGGCGCAGAGACUAUGGCGCUUCCCCUCGAAGAAAAAAUGAGAUUCGAGCAGGGUGAUGACGGCAUGUCUUUCGGUUAUAAGGCAGCCGGCGCCAACGCCACGGAUGAGAAGGGCAACCUGGACACAGUCGAGUUCAUCAAUGUCGCGAAGGACGAUGCGCUUGCCUACCCGAACGUGGUACACCGCACGUAUCCGCCUACGGUCGACGCGCGGAUGGAGAACACCAUCAGACCGUUCAUUCAGAAGUCGCUCGAGGUCAACAGCACGUUGCUCGACAUCUUCAACGACAGGCUCGGACUUCCCAAGGGCACGUUGGCCAAGAAACAUCUGCUGGGGAGCCCAGUGGAAAACCCGCCCAAGCACGACGCCAAUGAGCCCAAAGCCGCUAUCGGUGCGCAUACAGAUUUCGGCUCUCUGUCCUUCCUUCACAACCGUCUCGGAGGUUUGCAGGUCAUGGUUCCAGGCACGGAAAGCUGGCAGUACGUAAAGCCCAUCCCAGGACAUGCCAUCUGCAACCUUGGAGACGCAAUGAGCAUCUUCAGCGGCGGUAUUCUUCGCUCGAACCUGCAUCGCGUCGUUCCUCCCCCGGGAGCUCAGUCGCAGUAUGAACGCUGGUCCCUCGUAUUCUUCACCCGUCCUGGCUAUUCCCAGCUCCUAGAGGCGCUCACCGAGGGCAGCCCGAUGAUUGCGGAGGCAGCCUCGAAGGUCGCUGACAAAAGCAUCUACUUCUCUGGCCAGACGUCGAAGGAGUGGUUCUUCCGGAGGAUCAAGAACCAAAGGACCAAGAACCAGAAGGGCCCCGAGACAUGGCGUGCAAGUCGCGGCACAGAGCAUCGCCCGGAGGCCGCUUGA